AUGAUAAAUGCUGGAAUAGUGCUUUAUAUCUUAUCUCAUAUAAGCUUAUCACCUGAUAUUGUGGAUGAUGGUGAAGUUACUGCAUUGCAAAUCGCAGCUGCAUGUGGAUUCACGACUAUGAUGGAAAUUCUUAUAUCAUUUGCAGCGAAUAUCGAAAUUCCUGUGGCUCCACACCAUUCAUGCCGUAAUGGAAAACUGGCAGCUGUUGAAUUUUUGCUGGAAAAUGAAGCGAUUAUUUAA